CGUCAGUGGGAAGGCGGGACACGAGCAGGAAAGGCGGAAGAGGUGCUUACCCUGUCAUGGUGAUUGAGAGGCAAAAUGGGAAUGUGUUAGUGCAUCUCGGACCCAAGAUUCAGACCUAUCCUGAGGAGUUAAUCCGGCAGCGCUGUGGUCACAAUGGGCGCGUUGAAUACCUGAUUCGCUGGAACUGUCUCAGCCUGGGAAAUGGUACAGGAAGUAGGCCUGGCACCUGUUCAGCAGAGAGCAGCAUGGAGAAUUUCCUGAUGUGGAUGUCGGCAGAUGAUGCCUAUGCCAACUGCCCAACGCUGCUAGGCAAGAGGACACCCAAGGAAGAGAGUUCACGCAGAAUAUUCCCUCCUGAUGUCAUGUUGGAUGAAGCAUCUCUUUCGGAGAUGAAGGCCGAUGUCAGGAACUUAGUGCAGCGGGCUGCUUGGCAAAUGGCCAGCACCACAGUCCCUCAGUCCUCUAUCCUGAACACCAUUCAAGUGCUCAGUGCUUAUGCCAGUAUUGGCUCGUUAAUGGGGGUCUUCAAGGAAACGGGUGCCCUCAGUCUGCUGAUGAAGAUGUUGUGUAACGAGGAGGAGCAGAUCCGUCGCAGCGCAGGCAAGAUCCUGAGGGCUCUGGCUUCACAUGAUGCAGGAAGCCGAGCCUAUGUCCUCUUGUCCCUGAGCCGGCAGGAUGGCAUUGAGCAACACAUGGACUUUGACAGCCGCUACACCCUCCUUGAGCUGUUUGCAGAAACAACAUCCUCAGAAGAGCACUGCAUGUCCUUUGAAGGGAUCCCCCUUCCACAGAUUCCAGGGAAGCUGCUGUUUUCUCUGGUGAAGCGCUACCUAUGUGCCACCUCCCUCGUGGACAAACGCCAUAGCGGAACAGACCCAGGAGGGGAGCAUGCAACCUCUGAGCCCUUCAGUGCGUGCUCCGGGGACAGCAAAAGGCUGCAGCGUGAGUUUGACUUCAGCAUGGCCAUGGCCAGCCUUCUUUCAGAGCUGGUGCAGGCCAUGGGCUGGGAUCGCGGUUGGCAGCUCCAGACUCUUUCCAGGAAGCCGCCUUGGGCAGUCCAGUCUAUCUUCCAGUCCCAGGCUCCCAGUGGCGCCACCGUCCCGCCAGCCGCUCGGCUCCCCCAGAAGGAGACCGGCACUUUCAAACUGCGCUCUGCCUUCCCCAGUCGCAACAGCUAUGUGGAGUAUGUGCAGGAGAAGCUGGUGCGGGGCAUGCGCGUUCGCAUGUUGGAAGACUACGAGAAAGUAUGUGCGGGAGACGAAGGCGAGUUCCUCCAGAGCAAUGACGGCACGCCACCGAUCCAGGUUUACUGGGAGUCUCUGGGCCGCACGUACUGGGUGCAUUGGCACAUGGUUGAGAUCAUUGGUUGCUCGGGGCAUGCAGAUGAGAAAGCCCAAGAAAAGUUAACCAGCCUUACAGCUUCUCUGAGACGGGACACAGCUAACCAGGCAACGUACCGUAAACCGCUUGGGGGCCUGUACUCGGCGCCAUACCUGACGGAUCAUAGGAAGGAGAAAUCUGAGACUCUGAGCCGGGCUGAAUGGUGGGAGCUCCUCUUCUUCGUUAAGAAGCUAGAACAGCAGGAGCAGCAGGAAGUGGUCCAGCUCAUCCAGCAGAAUGAGAAGCUGCCAGAGCUAGACGAAGAAGGCCUGAUCCCGCUGUCUGUGUCCGUAGAGCUAGCUCAGAAAGUGCUGCAGUUCCUGAGCAGGCGCUGCCAGGGCAACGCCCAAAGUGACCUGCGCAGCUCCCACGUCUAUCUCAAGUAUUCCUCCAGCGAAGGAGGGACAGAGCAGGAUGGCCAAAAGGUGGACAUGGCCCCUGCGAAGUGUGGUGGCCUUUCCAAAGCCACGGCGUCCAAAAAGACAGAGGAGGACUCGCUGUCUGCCGAAGCGCCUUCUCCAGCUCCAUCCUCGGAAGAGAAAACAGACACCCAGCUGGUUCAUGAGCUCCUCAGAGUGGAAGGACUUUCUUACCCAGACACGCUGGAUGAGAAAGCCAAAGCUUUCUGCAGUGUGAAGCUGGUCGGGAAGAAGAGCACCAUCGAGCAGCUCUCCGAUGCCUUGGAGAUGAUCCAGAAGCCCAGCUGUGAUGCCGAGCAGCAGAUGGCUGGUCUCAGAUUCGUCAUAGGCAUCUUGGAGGAAGACCUUGAGCGAGAGAGGCAAGAGAAGCAUGUCGCCAGGAUGGAGUGUGAGCUCUCCAGAAGGGAGAAAACGGGGAGGCUGCUGGUGGAGCUGCUAAGUCACCGAGUGGAGGAGAAGCUGGUGGUGGUGUUGGCACUACAGAUGCUGCGCAGGUUCAUGGCCAAGUAUGACUGGCGGGUCCUCUUCGCCCUCGGAGGGGGGUUGCGCUCCGUGCUACAAUGCAUGCAGAAGCACUCCGCGUCUGCAUCGGUGCAGCAGGCCGGCUUAGCGGCGUUGAAGAUACUGUUGGGAGCUGGGAACUGUGAGCUACCAGGAGGCUGUGAGAAGCACUACCCUCUGAAACCCUCAGAUGCCCAGGCAAUGCAAGAGAUCUUCGCCGGCGUCGGUCCGGCUUCCAGCAAGGUCCCUGGCAAUUUGCUCUGCGCCGUCCCUGCUGCGAUCGAGAAGAUGCUGAGCACGCCUGGGUCCUCGGCAGCAGUUCGGAAUGGGCUUCUGGUGCUCAACCGAUUGAUCGACUACCACAAGGGCCUGGUGGAGCAGCUGGAAAAAUGUGACCUCCACGCAGUCCUGCGGAGCUGCUGCCAAGCCAGCCAGAGCUCCAACAAGAGGCUGGCUCGGAUAGUGCUCAGCCGCUUGGCUGGACAUAAGCUGCCCUUGAGCCAGGAGAACGCAGUCUCUGCAGCCUCCUUUGGCCUGAAGGACAUCGAUGUUCCCAAACUGCUGAGCAGUCUGCACACCAGCAGUGUUUGCAAGGAGAUGGUGAUGGCUCUGGAGGGCUGCAUUUGUGGUCAGGGUGCCUUCCCCGUGGGAAACAGCUGUGAGUUUCUGGCAGACGUACUUCUGCUCAAAGACUUGGUGCCACUGGGAUCUGAGAAGCACGUGCUGCUCGGAACGUUAAGGCUUUUGAACAAGUUUCUGGGCAGUUCCUGGGAAGACUCGGUGCCCUGGCAUAAGUGCAUUGAGUCUUGCUUGUCUUCCAUGAGUGCCCACCUAAAUGAUCAAGAGGUUGUCCAGGAGUCCAUUGAUUUCCUCCAUCACUUGGCAACCCUGGACAGAGACUGUGCCGUUUCCAUGUGCUGCCUGCGUACCGAGGAAGCCUUGGCCAAAGUCGUGGAGAAGCAUGGCUCCGGUCUCCCACGGGUGACGGAACUGGGGGACCUCGUGAGCAAGUGCGAGAAGUAUGCCGGCCUGUAUAAGAAGAUGACCGCCAGCAUCCUGGCUGGCUGCAUCCAGGUGGUUCUGGGUCAAGUAGAAGAACACAGGCAGACUCACCAGCCUAUCAACAUCCCAUUCUUUGACGUGUUCUUGCACAGUCUUUGCCAAGGCUGCAGCACGGAGGUCAAGGACAGCAAGUGUUGGGAGAGGGUGGAAGUCUCCUCCAACCCUCAGCAAGCCAGCAAGCUGACAGACGGGAACCCCAAAACCUACUGGGAGUCUAAUGGCAACAGCACCUCCCACCAUAUCAAUAUCUAUAUGCAUCGUGGGGUCGUAAUCCGGCAGAUGUCUCUGUUGGUGACCAGCGAGGAUUCCAGCUACAUGCCAGCGCGUAUUAUGGUCUUGGGAGGGGAGAGCGCAGCCAGCGUCAGCGUCAAGCUCAAUACGGUGACUGUCCCGCCAUCGGCCAGCAGAGUGAUCCUCCUGGAGAACAUGAACUGCUUCUGGCCCAUCAUACAGAUCAAGAUCAAGCGCUGUCAGCAGGGGGGCAUUGACACUCGCGUGCGGGGCAUCGAGGUGCUGGGUCCCAAGCCCACCUUCUGGCCCAUCUUCAAGGAGCAGCUGUGCCGGCGCACGUACCUCUUCUACACCACCAAGGCGCACACCUGGUGCCAGGAAAUCUCAGAAGACCGGAUGCAGCUGCUGCAGCUCUUCAGCAGGUUGAACAGUGCCUUGCGCCACGAGCAGGUCUUUGCCGACCGCUUCCUUCCCGACGACGAAGCUGCCCAGGCCCUGGGCAAGACCUGCUGGGAGGCUCUGAUCAGCCCUUUGGUGCAGAGCAUCACCACUCCAGAUCCCAGCGGCAUCAGCCCCCUUUCCUGGCUCCUGAGCCAAUACCUGGAGAACCUGGAGGCGUCCCGGAGCGCCAAAAGCCGGGCGGCCAUCUUCAACUCUCGCGUCCGGCGCCUGAGCCACCUGCUGGUGCACGUGGACUCCAGCAGCCCUGAACCCGAAGAGCUCAAGCCCCCCGUGAAAUCCAACGGGAAGAACGGGAAGAACAAAGAGUCGAGCUCUGGGACUGUCAAGGCAGCUGUGAAGAAGCCCAGCAGCACCACUGGCAUCACCCAGUGCUGGAAAGGGGUGGUCCAGCAGCAGGUGAAGCUGUUCCUGGAGUCCUCCUGGCAGGCCUCUGACUUUGUGGAGCGCUACUGCAACACCUACCUGCGUCUCCGCACCGCCAUGGAGGAGCUCUUUGGGCAGCAGAUGUCCUUCAUGCUGGCCCUGUGCCACGGCUUCUCAGGGGGUCUGCUGCAGCUCUCCUUCCUGACAGCCAUGCAUGUGAGUGAGCAGUUUGCCCGCUACAUCGACCGGUGGAUCCAGGAGAGCUGGGCGGACUCUGGCAACGUGGAGACUUUGCGGCGCCUGCAGCAGAGCCUGGAGCCCGUCCUCUUCCUGGCAGGCCUGGAGUUGGCCAACACCUUUGAGCACUUCUACCGGUACUACCUGGGAGACCGGCUCCUGUCGCAGGGCAAGACGUGGCUGGAGUGUGCCGUGGUGGAGCACAUUGGGCUCUGCUUCCCCAACCGUUUCCCCCAGCAGAUGCUGAAGAACCUGAGUGAGCUGGAGGAGCAGCAGCAGCAGUUCCACCUCUUCCAGCUGGAGCAGCUGGACAAGCACCUGCUGGAACUCGACCAGGAUGGGAACUGGGAGGCGGAGGAGGAGAUGGCGGAAGGAGAGAUGGUGGAGGCGCAGCAGCUGUUCUCUCGGGAGGAAGAGGCCGAGGUGAAGGUGCUGGCGUUGUCUCCACGCUGUUGGACCAUCUCCUCAUUCUGCUACCUGGAGGAUCCUGCCAGGUUCUUCCCAGAAUCCCUCAGUCAGCACCUGAGCAAGUUUGCUGACUUCUACACCCAGAGUCAGAGCUGCUUUGGGCUGGAGCACACCAAGCCGCGGCGUUUGCAGUGGACGUGGCUGGGCCACGCGGAGCUUGAGUACCAGGGCUGCCUCCUGCACGUCUCCACCCUGCAGAUGUACAUCCUCCUCUGCUUCAACACUGCCAAGGAGGUUUCUGUGGAAAGGCUCUUUCAAGCCACAGGUCUCUUACCUGAGCUCCUCAACUGUGCGCUGGAACCUCUGACAACCAAUGGGAUCUUGACCCAGAGCCAGGGUAUUUUGAGGCUGAGUGAGGGGACACUGGCCCAAGUGCCCAGCCAUCGCCUGUGGCUGUUGCCCAAGCAGACCUACUUCAAUGCAGAAGAGAACAAGGGCAAGGCUCUGGAGAGGAAGAGGAACGCCAUUUGCUGCCUCCUUCUCGAGAUCCUGAAAAAGGAGAGAGAGCUACACAUCGACAGCCUGGUGUUCAGGGUGAUAGAUGCCUGCCAGAAACCGAAGCCGGGCUCAGUCCCAGAGUUCUCCAGGUUCUGCAGCAGCAGCAGCGCUGACGUCCUGUCCUGCGUGCUCCACCUGCUAAACCAGGGCUCCAUCCAGCGCCGGGAAGACCACCCACAUCUCUUGCAGUGCGUCUCCACGGAGCCCCCCGCCCUGCCGGCACCAAGGAACCAGCCUCAAGUAGCGUUCCAGACCGUUGAGAUAAAAAAAGCACCCACUGCACCCUGCCCAGAAAAGAGACAGGCGUUCUCUACAUUUAGGUAGAACUGGCUGCUGGCGUGCCGACACAGCUGCUGCCCAGAAUGCUGCCUUCGCGCGUGGGGAUCGAG